GGUUAACAUUUAAUCUUUGGGUUCUUCAUGGAGUAAAUUAAUCUCAAAGAUCAUCUCAACUCGUUUCUGGAAGCUUCUGUUCACUCCGGGGCCGAUGCUCCUGUGUGGUAGUACGCUGAGGCAGACUCUGCUGCUGUUUCCGAAGGGUCAUCUGUUGUGGAGAUCUCAGACUGGCAGGGGUCAGCUCAGGAUGGCCUCAUCACAUCCUCUGGCAGCGGUUUGUCAGAUGACCUCAACCCCAGACAAAGAGGCAAAUUUCAGCACAUGCAAGCGUUUGGUCGAGCAGGCCAAAGAUGGUGGGGCAAGCAUGGUCUUCCUACCUGAGGGUUUCGAUUACAUUGGCUCAAAUCGAGAAGAGACACUACAGUUGUCUGAAAGUCUACAGGGUGACAUCAUCACCAGACAUACACAGCUAGCCAAGAAGCUGAAUGUCUGGCUUUCUCUGGGAGGUUUUCAUGAAAGAGGGCAUGACUGGGAGAACGACAGACGAAUCUACAACAGCCAUGUCAUCAUUAAUGGACGAGGUGAGGUUGUCUCAGUGUACAGGAAAGGUCACCUGUUUGAUGUAGAGUUGACGGGGAAAGGCGUGUCUCUAAAAGAGAGUGCUUUCACCAUUCCUGGACCAAGUUUGGUGCCCCCUGUUCAAACACCCUGUUGGAAAGGUAUGGUAGGACUGGGUAUCUGUUAUGACCUGCGCUUUCCUGAGCUGUCAUUGGCUCUCCAGAGACAGGGGGCAGAGAUCCUGACAUAUCCAUCAGCAUUUACUGUGGCAACAGGAGCUGCCCACUGGGAGGUGCUCUUGCGAGCCAGAGCCAUCGAAACCCAGUGUUUUGUUCUGGCUGCUGCCCAAGUAGGAGCUCACCAUGCGAAAAGAUCAUCAUACGGACAUGCACUAGCUGUGGAUCCGUGGGGCGUGGUCAUGGGGGACUGUGGGGGGGCAGAUGUGGGUGUGACUAUGGUGGAGAUUGACUUGCAGAGACUACAGGACAUCAGAAGGGACAUGCCAGUCCAACAGCACAGGAGGGAGAGAGAGUACUACUCUUUUCUGGACUAAAAUGCUUAUCUGUCUUAAGUGAAGGAUGUCAGUAACUGGUAGAAAUGGCAGUGUCAGGACUGUAGCAUACUCUGAGGACCAGAUUUGAACUGGAAUAUGUUU